GUGAUAUAUAAGCCGAAGCCAUCAUAGACAACUGUCAUCUACCUAGGUAAGCCAGAGUCAUAUAACGAACGACGGGAAUCGCACAUCGUCGACUACACACCAGCCGACCAUCAUUCGAUACUACGAUAGGGGGUGAUACAAUAGGAAGCCCAACUAUGCAAUCUAAGGCCUUUAUUCGCAUAGCAGCCAUUCUAGCGGUGGCGUACUUGAGUGAUGCGCGACCCCUAGGCCACUACGAAGGGCUAGCGGAAAUAUAUAUGCCAGUCUUCGGCUCGAACGUAAUAGCAAACGACACCGCGACCGCCUCUUCUCCUCCCGCUACAUCUACCGCAAACACAGACAAGACCGAACCGGCAUGUAAACCGUUCGUGAUGCCACCAGUACCCGAAGAGUGCCGACGAAAGUCAGGAGAACUCGCCUGCCACGGUUACUCUUUAUAUUGCAGGUUUCCUGCCGACUAUGGGGUGGCGUACGAACCAGUAGGGGAAUGUUGGACAUGCAAAUAAUCGAUCAACAUCGAAACAAACCUAAAUACGAUACUAAACGGCGUUGAAGACGGCGAAGGUCUAGGGAAAGUUAGCGCGAAUGUCUCACUAUUAGGUCUUGGCGACGAGAAAUGAUUGAUAAUACAACAACGGAAAGCGACAGUAUUCAUACUCAACAAGGAUAAGACA